GGCUGCCUGCAGAGCAGCAUUCACAAGUCAAACUCUGUCUCAUGUCAACGUUUCAUUUCGUCUCCCAGAAGGUCUCCAAAUAUCAGACCUUAUGUAUCAGACCAUCGAGAUAUACAGCUUGGGCUCCUUCCUUGUGGGCACACACCUUUGAGAAGCUCGUCUAUGGGGAUAAUGCGCUGGACUAUGGAGACCCAUGGUCGCUCACCUUCAGCUACAAACAGACAGACAAAUUAUCCAAGAAGGAAAAUAAGAGAGGCUGGAAGGUCUUCUUCCACUGCGCUUAUGGAAAUUUUCAGUGUGCAUCCUGCAGGAGGAUCUGGCCUUCGGUGCGUGUGGUGCUUUUGUUCCGUUAUCGGCUGAGAGGCGGUAAGGGGGCGGUGACCAUGCGGCCUUUUGGACAAGCCUGCCGGCGAUGCCAAGAUGAUAAUUUUCAUCUCCCCGGUUUUUACAAGGAAGAGGUGAAAGAGGCUCUGCUCAGAUUGUUUUCUGAAAUUCGGAAGAACUGCUAUGGAGAGGAGGGUGAGAGUGAAGAAGGUGACUCAGGCGCUACAAGACGGAGGUCCAAACCCCACGAAAAAACCCUGUGUGAGGCCUGUUGUUUUGGCUUGUGCUGUCAGGAUCAGAAUGAUAAGUAGUGUGUGUGUGUGUGUGUGUGUGUGUGUGUGUGUGUGUGUGUGUGUGCAACAGUGAGGUGUAAAGUGAGUUGCAGUCUGGUUGUUUGCUGUUUCCUUGAGAUCUUUCUUUUCUAGUUUACACACAAAAGUUUCCUUAAUGAACUGGAUUAUUUCAUCAUUAUCUAAGUUAUUGAUAAUAAUAAGGAGUAUGAAAACCUUCAUGAGCAAUAAUAAGAUUUCAUCACUGUUGUGUGUUUAUUUUGGGCUUUGUGCAACCUGAAGGUGUGUCCUGAUUAUUUUCUGGGUUUGUUUGGUGUGAUGUAUUGAGAUAUAAUCCAAAAAUUGCAGUUACUGUACUUUUACUUGAAUUGGUUUAUCAGGAGGGAGGAGGCUGGGGCAGACCCAGGACACGCUGGAGAGAUUAUAUCUCUCGGCUGGCCUGGGAACGCCUUGGUGUUCCCCCGGAUAAGCUGGAGGAGGUGGCUGGGGAGAUCUGGGCUUCUUUGCUUGGGCUGCUGCCGCAACCCAGCCCUGGAUAAGCAAAAGAAGAUGGAUGGAUGAAUGGAAGGAUGGAUGGAUGGAUGAUUUAUCGAUAUUACAUCAUCAUUCCACUCAUGUGAUGCUUUUUUUUCCUCACCACAUUUAUUUGUUACAUUUAGCAGACAAAGGUUUCACAUGAAAAAACAUGAAACAUGUGAUGCUGAUGUAUUAAAACAGGAGUUUUAACGAUGCUGUGAUACUGUUUCACUACUCAUGGGUCAGAAUGACUCAGACGCUUACAAGCAAAUUUCUGAUUGGCCCCAAAAUUCUCACAACAUAACAAACUAAUUACAGAUGUGUGCAAACUAUAUGUGUGCAUGUGUACCUACAUUGCAUGCUCAAAAACACAGAGUGGUUACAUCAAAUAGUACUUUGAUCUAGUUUUUAUUCCUGUUAGCUGCACUUUGAGUUAAAAUCUAUGCAUAUAAUUCUAUAUUGUAUUACACUGAAGUUAUGAUGUCUAUGGAGAGAUUUUAUUAAAUAAGCAAGUAAAUAAG